AUGACAACGCUGGUGACAGGUGCCACCGGAUUUCUCGGCUCGGCCGUCGCCCGCAGGUUGCUCGACGCCGGCCAUGCGGUGCGCGUGUUGACGCGGCCCGGCGCCGAUACGCGCAACAUCGACGGCCUCGAUGUGGAACGCGCAACCGGCGACCUGACCGACCGCCCCUCGUUGGAGAAGGCUGCGCGCGGCUGCGACACGCUCUUUCACGUGGCGGCCGACUACCGGCUCUGGAUUCCCGAUCCGCCGACGGUCUACCGCACCAACGUGGAUGGCUCCCGCGACCUGCUGCGCGCCGCCGCAUCUGCGGGAGCCACACGCAUCGUCUACACGUCGAGCGUCGCCACGUUGGGCCUCAACGCCGACCACUCACCCGCCGACGAGGAGACCCCGGUAACCGAGGCCGCCAUGAUCGGCCAUUACAAGCGCUCGAAGUUCCUGGCGGAGGAGGCGGUGCGUACGCUCAUCCGCGACGAAGGGGUGCCGGCGGUCAUCGUCAACCCCUCCGCGCCCAUCGGCCCGCGCGACAUCAAACCGACGCCGACCGGGCGAAUCAUCGUCGAUUUCGCGACCGGGCGCAUGCCGGCCUAUGUCGAUACCGGCCUCAACGUGGUCCAUGUCGACGACUGUGCCGCCGGCCAUCUGCAGGCGCUGGAGCUUGGCGCGGUCGGAGAGCGCUACAUUCUCGGCGGCGAGGACAUGACCUUGCGCGAAAUCCUCGAAUGCCUGGCGCGGCUCACGGGGCGCCGGGCCCCGCGAAUCCGGCUCUCCCACCGCCUGCUCGUGCCGGUGGCCGCCGCCGGCGAAACCUGGGCGCGUGUCGUGGGCGGCGAGCCCAGACUCACCCGCGACAGCCUGCGCAUGGCGCGCAAGAUGAUGUUCUUCUCCUCCGCCAAGGCCGAGCGCGAACUCGGCUACACGACGCGCCCCGCAAGCCAAGCGCUGGCCGAUGCGCUGAGCUGGUUUAAGGCCAACGGCUACGUGUGA